UUGUGUGUAGGUCUUCUCCGGCUAAUCGAAUCGCUGGUAGUUUGUGUCUGGUGCUAUGGAUUAUUAGUAGGGUGAAAGGAAUCUGUUAAAUGUUGUGAUUAGUUAACUACAACUAGCUGUUGAUGGAUUAAUCCCAGUAGUCGGUGGGACAGAAAUAAUUUUUAUUCGUUUGGUGAUAUAUCGCAGUGUGUAUUGCUUGGAUUGACGGCUUGUAUACAGUGAAUGUUAAACUAUUGAUUUCUAGCGUUGGGCUAUUGUGAAUAGAAUUACAGUGUGUUGUUGAACUACUCCCAAACCAGUUUUCGAUUGAUUCAGGCGCAGACCGAGACGAGAAGCAACCGAACCAGCAGACUGUGAGUUUCGAGUGCUUGGCUUGCGCACAUACACAUAGGUACAUGCAACAUAUAUAUCCGACCGCUGAGUACACCGGAAAAUCGCGCACUGUACCGUGUGUUGCAGUUAUUGUGUUGUUGCUGUUGCUGUGAAUUUCGCGAGAAAAAAUAGAAGAAAAAAAAGAUUCUAAUGUUGCUCGUGGCUUGCUUACCGGCGCAAGUGCUCUGAUGACAAGCGCAGCAUCCGGUUCAAUAACCAAGAGAAAGAGGUGUUAUGUUCACAGGAGAGAGCCACAAGGGGUGAAAGAAAGGGGCCGUAUCGUGAUAGUGAAAUGAAAGAAGUUCAGCAAUGUCAGUGUCAAGGAAAAGCCUCCGACGUCGUUUUCUCGUAGUGUGAUACUUGCCGGUGCGUUCGGAACUGAGCAACUACACGACAGCGAUAUCAUCAGUGCCGUUGUGAUCUGGUCGGAGAUUGUGUCGUUUCGGUGUGCAGUUUUUUUUCAUUCUUUUUCUUCGAUUUGGGUUUGACUGCAGCAGCAGUAGUAGCCGCAGCAAGCGGCCAAGGUUGCAGUUUUCAAGAAACCGGAAUAUUAAUCCUGUGUGAGUGGAGCUUGCCGAUCAACUUCAGUUAGGGGCAGCAGCGGUUGAAAGGUGUUCACCAUAAAGGUAACUAAACAUUAAGCUGGAAGGGACCAAAAGGAGCAACAUAGACUGGUUGACACGCUCAUACACACACCCACACAACCCUCACGCUGGACCGCCAACUGUAGCUGGUGGGCCGCUAGGGUGCCCUUUCACCCGUCGUAACAGGAACAGCACCAGCACCGGAGGUCAUGGAUCACGCGGUUCACGCUGCCCGAGGAAGACCAUGGAACAAGUUACGCUUCGAGAACAACGAGCUAGAAUGUCUGUACCAGCGGUACACCCUGAAGCUGCAACGCUUCUCCGUAACCGGAGUGGUAGCUUUGGUUGUGGUACUGUGCGGUGUCAUGGCUGGGCUCAGCCUCGGAUACAACCAGGCACCGACGUUACAUAACGUUUUCAACUCUUUCAUGUGCCUGCUGUUUGCGGUGGUGCUAGCACUGCUCCAGUUCCGAUUGAUUCGGGACUCGCAUCUGCCAUAUCUCUGCUAUGGGAUUCUGUUCUUCACCGCGGCGUUCUGCUUCAUCUCGAUGCCAACGGUGGGGAUUGUCUUUCCGGUCGACACCCGUGAGGUGAUGGCCGAAGGCGUGUGGCAGAUCGUGUUUGUAGUGUUUCUGGCCUAUGCCAUGAUGCCACUACAAAUCUGGGAAGCGGUGCUGUUUGGCAUUAUUCUGCCUUCGAUUCAUAUUGGACUAACCGGGUAUAAUAUCUACACCGGUAACUUCCAGUAUCUGGCGUACCAGCAGCUGGCCGCAAACAUCGUGAUCUUCGUCGGUGUCAACGUGGCCGGUUUGGUUGUGAACGUCAUGAUGGAACGUGCCCAGCGACGUGCCUUUCUCGAUACUCGCAACUGUAUUGCCGCCCGGUUGGAAAUGGAGGACGAAAAUGAAAAGCUGGAACGACUGUUGCUCUCGGUGCUGCCCCAGCACGUCGCAAUGGAGAUGAAAAACGACAUCCUUUCGCCGGUCGAAGGGCAGUUCCAUAAGAUCUACAUUCAGAAGCAUGAAAACGUGAGCAUUCUGUUUGCGGAUAUUGUCGGGUUUACGGUGCUGGCAUCGCAGUGCAGCGCACAGGAACUGGUGCGACUGUUGAAUGAGCUGUUCGGUCGAUUCGAUCAGCUGGCACACGAUAAUCAUUGUUUGAGAAUUAAAAUUCUAGGGGACUGUUACUAUUGCGUUUCGGGGAUUCCUGAUCCGAGGGCUGAUCACGCACGGUGUGCUGUGGAGAUGGGUCUGGAUAUGAUCGAUGCCAUAGCUUCCGUGGUGGAGCAAACGGAUGUCGUACUGAAUAUGAGGGUUGGAAUUCACUCCGGCCGAGUGCUGUGUGGUGUCCUGGGGCUUCGAAAGUGGCAGUUCGAUGUGUGGUCGAAUGACGUAACGCUUGCGAACCACAUGGAAAGCGGCGGCGAACCAGGCCGGGUUCAUGUAACUCGAGCGACGCUUGAUGCUCUCGGCGGAGAAUAUGAAGUGGAAGCUGGCCAUGGAGAUACGCGGGAUUCGUAUCUACGAGACAACCAAAUCGAUACGUAUUUCAUAGUGCCUCCAGCUCACCGAAGAAAGCCGCUGAUGCUCAACACGCUGGGUGUGCGGUCGGCACUGGGGGCGGCCAAUCGGCGAAAGCUGUCCUUCCGGAAUGUGUCAAACGUGGUCGUCCAGCUGCUGCACACCAUCAAAUACUCGGUACCGGUGCCGUUCUCGCACAUGGCCACCGGUGGCUCGCCGUAUCCGGGCGGAAGUGGCCCUGGUGGGGGUGGAGCCGGAGCCGUUGGCGGUGGAAUGUUUCUCGAUAAAAAUGCUCGCAAGAACAAAGUAACAGACAAAUUUAAACGACCGUUCAAGAAACGUCACUCCAGCGUGUACCACCAGCCAUCGAAUCGGGUCAACAAGUUCCUCUCGCAGGCGAUCGAAGCGCGCAGCGUCGAUCGGGAAAAGUCCGUUCACGUCAAGCGGAUCUCGCUGCAGUUUCGCGAGAAGGAGAAAGAACGCCAGUACCAUCAGGACUUCGAUCUAGGAUUCACCACCGCCAUGGGCUGCAGUUUGUUGCUACUGAUACUCAGCGCUGGACUGCAGAUUUCCGCUCUACCACGUACCUUAAUACUGUUACUGCUGUUCUUGACAGCUUUCGUUUGGAUAAGUUCGAUACUGAUGCUACUGCUGGCGGUUCGUUUGAAGUGGAUCUUCUGGGAUUUGUCGCAGAGCUUCUCUCUUCGGUUGGCAAUUACGGUGUUCACGAUCGUACUGUUGUACUCGGUGGGACAAGUCAAUGUGUUCACAUGCCUCUCCGAUCAUCCGUGCACGACCAACUUUACCACCAGAGCUGUGUUGGAUCUGCCGCUUGCAGCUACUAAUAAUCUGCAUCACCAUGAUCCUUCUGCCGCGUUAGCUUCGCACGAAACGAAUCUACCCUUUGCAGAUGCACCUCAUGGCGCGCCCCCGGAGGCAGCAAUGUUAAAUCACUACGCCCACCGGAAGUGUGCUCUGCCGCAAUAUAUCGCCCUGUCGGCAGCGUUCUCCUUCCUAACUGUAUCAAUUUUUCUGAGGCUACCGAUCAUGGUGAAGACUUUCCUGGUCACCCUGAUGGGCGUAAUGUACUGUCUGUUUAUCGAACUAUCACACGCCAAUAUCUUUGACUGUUACGACCAGCGAGUCGAAUCAGCGAUUCCACUGCACACGAUUUCGCUGGCGAGAAUUAUCAUUUUCAUGAUUGCCAUCUUGGCUCAUGGCCGGCAGGUAGAAUGGACAGCUCGGUUGGAUUUCUUGUGGCAGCUUCAAGCCUCGCAGGAGAAGAAAGAGAUGUCCGUGUUGCAACAAUCGAACCGACGGAUUCUAUAUAAUCUGCUGCCGUCGCAUGUGGCAGCACACUUUUUGGAUAAUCAAUUCAGUCGAAAUAAUAUGGGAACCCUCGGCGCCAAUCAGGAUCUGUAUCAUCAAAGCUAUUGCAAGGUUGGCGUGAUCUUCGCCAGUGUACCGAACUUCCAUGAGUUCUACACGGAAUUGGAUGGUUCGAAUCAGGGCGUGGAAUGUUUGCGGUUGCUCAACGAGAUUAUCGCCGAUUUUGAUGAACUGCUGUGUGACGAAAGAUUUCAGGCGAUCGAUAAGAUUAAAACGGUCGGAAGCACGUACAUGGCGGCCGUCGGGUUGAUACCGGAGUUUAAGAUGUUACCAAACGAUCAAGGAUCGACGCGAAAGCUGAUGACUGCGCUGAUAGAUUUCGUGAAAGCAAUGCGAGUUACGUUGCAGAACAUAAAUGAAAACUCUUAUAAUAAUUUUAUGCUUCGUGUCGGCGUGAAUGUGGGUCCGGUAGUAGCAGGGGUGAUCGGGGCACGCAAACCGCAGUACGAUAUCUGGGGAAAUACGGUUAACGUGGCUAGUCGGAUGGAUUCAACGGGCAUUCCAGGUUAUACUCAAGUGACACAGGAAGUGAUUGAUAGCCUUCAAGGUAGCCAUUUUGAAUUCAGAUGCCGAGGACAGAUAAAAGUAAAGGGUAAGGGUGAUAUGGUGACAUAUUUUUUAUGUGAACAAAACGAGAAUAUGCUGAAUGGAGCAGCUGGAGGAGCGAUGGGGCCAGGUAAUACAGUGGUAAAUCGAGACAGACAUACUCCGGUUCCGAAUAUCAUUUCAAACUAUCAGACAGAUAGCUUCCACCAUCUGAAUAUUAAUCACGUUAACGCCAACCAGCAGGGAUGCUUCCAAACGCAAGCUCCAGCCCUUCAACCGCAAAGUUAUUACAUGAAGCGCUCCGAUAUGGAUAGUGGAAGUAUAAAAAAUACGAAAUGGCAAAGCGGAAAUGAUAGUUUCUCCAAAAAAGAAAGCUACAAUUUUUUGGAGAGUCCUAAUUUGCUGCAUCAGCAACAACCAGUAGGCCAGCAUCACUAUCAACCAUCGCAACAGCAUCAGCUGUCGCAGCAAGCUCAUAUGAAGGCAGCUUAUAAACACAACAACAUAAACAACAACCACAUCAGCGCAGGUUUCCAUGGAAACCACCGCAAUCAAACGACCAGCAAUAGUACCAAUUACAACAAACGAAAUGAGUAUUUCCAUGGCAGUAACGCGGCCGGUCAGCACCAGCCAAACUACAACAUCCGCGAAAAUUUUAACAUUAUCGAAAAUCCCAACGUUAAAGAACUGGACGAAAAUAAUCUGAACAUGUUAAACCAUCACAACAAUGGGCACAAAGUACGUAACAACAAAAAUCACCACCACCACCAUCAUCAUCAUCACCGGCAUGAGGGGGGUGGUUCCUCGGGGCCAAGCAACACAAAUCACAAUUCGAGUAAUCGUGGAGGUGCGUACGUGACAGCAGCCGAAAACGAACCAUUGUUGGGGUCCGGAAUUGUUGGCAAUGCAGUCAUCAAACCGAUCCAGCAGAUCCAGCAAAUUCCGAAAUAUGAACCACCUCGCUAUGCGACGGGUAGUUCCGCCUUUCCACAGUAUCAUCAGCCCAGCAAUAAUACCAAUUAUAACUUCCCCGUAACAUCGAACUACCAACAGCAGCAACAAUUGAAUGCCCGCCAGCAGCAGUUGUACCAGCAGCAACAGCAACAACUGUUGAAACAGUACAUAAAGCCUCUUCCAAAACUACCCCACGAGUUUGACGAAUCUCGAGAAAUGUCCUCCACUGACGACCUUAGCUCACGACCUCGUUCACCGUCGGUGAGCUCCUCUGACGAGAGCUAUUCAAAGACAACGGAAGGCGAAGAUCUGGAUGGCCAUUCGCCGCUUCCCCCGCAACAUGCUUCCUAUGUCAACAAUUUCAACAACCCUCUGCAGUACCUGUACCCCGGUGACAUCCAGGUGGACCCAUCCUCUCCACCAAAGCUGAGUCCAAUCGAUUUGGCUAACAUGAAAGAUUUCGAGGUAACGACAACGGCUGAAACUAAAUCAUCAGUUCCGAACAAAGGCGAAUCAUGCAACAGUUUCGAGUACCAGGACAAGGCCAGCAACGGUACACCUCAGCAGCAGCAGCAUCAGCAACCACCGCCACUUUUCCCGAAGUCACCGUUCGAGCGGGAACUGCAACGAAGGCUGGCGGAAUCGCAAUCUAGACCGAUGCUUGCCGGCGGUGGCGGUCUCAAUAACAACAAUCUCGAUCAGCAGCAGGAAUCACAACAGCAGCACCACCAUCCCCCAGUGCGGCGGGAAUCUAUGGAGAAAAUUAAGAACGCCAACAAUCUGAUGCUGGCCAAACAUCCCGGCACGCUGGAAGCCAUUAAAGAAGCUACCCGCAAUAAGAAUCCAAGCGAAUCGAGUCACAUGCAAACCUCCGAUACGGAAUCGUGUGAAAUCAUCCAUGACUACCGGCCAUCCGCACCUGGUUCGCUGGACAGCAAUAGUCGACAUCAUGCUCAUCUGCAUAGUCACAACCACAAUCAAAACUACCAGCAGCAACAGCAGCAAAUGACACAGUCUCCUCGGUUGCAUGCCCGCCACGCUCAUCUACAUCACUCGCAAAAGUACAAUGCCACGAAAAAGUCCUCCAACGAGACAUCAUCGAACAUCGAAGCUGACGAAGAUCUGCGGCUUUCGAAUGAAGCUGUCUACCGGGGUCGAGGUCGAGAUUCGGAUGACUUGCUGGAUGAUGACGAACCCGACGAUGAUGAGCCGGAGGAAUCGGACGACGAUGAUGACGAUGACGAUGAUGACGAUGACGACGCUGAUGAGGACGUUGGAGGUGACAGUUUCAAUGCUCGUCAGAGGAGGCAUGCGCCGUCCGGUGUUGUUGCGGCAGAACGACGGAGGAGUAACUCGGAUGCUACGCGGAAUUACAUUUCGGACGAGUUGAAGUACGGGGCGGGGCAUAGUAAUCGUGGAGAACGCGAGCGGGAUCUUAGCCACCAUAGCCAUAGUCAUCACAACAGCCAUAGCCACAGUUCGCAUCACAAUCAGCACCAGUCGCUGGAUUCCAAUCACGCCGAAAGUCAAUCGGAGUGGAGCGACGACGAAGGUCGGGAAGAAGCCACAGGUGGAGCUGAAAGCACUGGCUACAUCACCGAUGAGCCCGGGCUGGAAAAUAUCUCGCUGCUGAACGAAGCCGGUCUAACGGACGCCGAGGGUGCCCUUUCGGACGUGAACUCUCUGUACAACGCACCGGACGUGGAUGAUACUUCGAUUUCUUCCCGUGCCAGUAGCCGCCUGCUGAGCCUGGACUCGCUGAGUGGACUUUACGACUGUGAUUUGGACUCGAAGCACGAGAUGGCCAUCGUGAGCGUGUCGCACAAGAUUAGUAGUAAGUUUGGACCGAACCCGGUCGGCGGUGGGGCCAGUACGACCACCACCACACCGCCGGCAACGACGACAACGGCAUCGACACCGGUGGUAUCGUCGGCGGCUGUUCCACCGUCAACUCCGGCGGCGAUUAACUCCGCUACGGGAUGAAUAGGAGCAGCAGCGUGGCCGUGAGCGCGAGCGCAAGAAGUCUACUUCCGAUGGCUGUUAGCAGAGGGCACUCUGACAAGUGAGCCAGCAAGCACACUGACAAACAUGCAACCCUUAUGUGUAAGGCUAGAUAGUUUUUCGGCUUUUGCUGCGAUUUGAUGAAUGAAAAGAAGGAAAAGGAGGUAAAUUAUCAUGUAAAAUAUAACUUAUUUAUAAUAGUGAGCAGAAAGUUGAAACGACGAAUACAAAAUCUAGUGGCAUUUCUUUCAUUGCUUGUGUUAGACGCAUAUAGGACAUUGCAUUUGUAGGAUUACUGGAUGAAAAAAUCUGACCUAUUGGCUACCAUCCGGGUUGAUCGUCAGCGGUUUGUUAUAGACGUGCAGCAGGAAGCGUUAGUACAUCUUGAUCAGCUGUUGGAAAUAUUUCCCCCAAAAAAUGGUAUCGAAUUGCUUGCAAGCAUAGUCAUAUUUAAAUCUUAUUUGAAGUGAAAAACUGAAUGCCAUUCUGUUAAACUAUUUUAGCAACUAAAGUGUAAUCUACAAGCCGAACUCCCUGAUUUGCCAUUACUACCUGUGAACGCUUCAUGUUUUUUUGCGUAUUAGUUCAACGUCUGAAAAGAGUGAAGAGAAUUGGAUUGUAUACCGUUGAUUAGUUGUUAACAUUUGCCUCUAGUCUAGGCUGUUGAAUUGAUGCAAGGUAAAUUUUAUUACAUUCACAACCGUUUCGACAAACCUACAAAUUAAUACAAGAAGAAAAUUAUCUGAAUGUUGAUGGAAUGCAUCUCAUCUUUGCUGAAGAAAUUGAUUUCGCAUUUUGACAAAUAAGCAUAAAAGUUUUCUCAGAUUCAUGUUAGUUUCAAGCAUUUUACAAAACACCUGUGAUUAGAAAACGCUUGUAGUGUAGUUAUUUUUCGUUUUAUAUUCUGAUAAAUAGAGCAAAUAUAGCAACUAAUGUUUAUAGAAUCGACGCGGAGGAUAUUGCUUUACUCUACCGAUGAGAAUGGAUUGCAUCGAUAUCUGGUUAAUUUCCGACGAAAUUGAUUUGUUACUAGUUGAUACACAAAAGCAGAUUCUUAAUCGUUUCAACACUCGCCUUCCACAUGAUUCAUCAUCCGUGGUCAUCCAUCAUGGAAAGUAACAGAAUAGGAUUUUAAAUAUGUGAUAAAUGCUAAGCCCACAAAGGAAUGCUUCGGCUGCACGUAAGGAUUUGAUUCCAAUAGUCUGGAUUACACUCGCUCUCUCUCUCUCUCUCUCUGUCAGCAGUGGAGCAAGAUUUGCGUAACAAAGAAUGCUUGAUUUCCCACGGGAAAGAAAUUACCUUGGGUGAGAAUAUUUGCCGGAAAUGCCGACGAUUCAUGCUGAAUGAGGAUAAGACUUAUAUCUACUUGAUGGGAAGAGUAAGGCACAGUAUAUAAUCAAAAAGCAUCCGCUUAAUUGAACAGAAAUCAGCACCAUUGAUCGGUGUAGCUAACCGUUUUGAGAGCCUGAGGCACCGUGAUUGCCUUUUGUUGAGUAAUAAACACUGAGCAGUAAGAACUUUAUUACAUAUUAGUUGUUUUGCUACAUAUAUAUAAACAUUUGUAGGUGUUUCUAUUCUAGUUGUAUAAAGCAAGUAUUUCGCUCUCACACAAUUUGCGAAUCUAUCUACCUACUGUAAAUCUCUGUACAGAAUCAAAGAAUAGGCGGUAACUGUUUUCUUUUAUUUUUCUAACGUGGUGUAAAAUUAUUGAAAUCACUCGCAAUCCCACCUCUUCUUGACACGCUGGAAAUAAAUUGACAUUGUAGCAAUUUGCUCUACUUACAGGUACAGCAACAAGGUCAUGUGCUGCUUUCUAAAAGCUAUCUGUUUUUCUCUAUUAAAAAUAGGACGGUAGGAAUAUAUUUUUGAUUAUGAAACUACUAAUAAUUUAUACCAAACAGCAGAAAAGAUAAAUUUAGAGAAGAAAAAACUAAUGAAAAUGAUCUAUUCUCAGAGCGAACAGGAUGCUUAAUCUGUACCAAACAAAUUGCAAUAAUACUUUUUACAAAAAUACAACAUCACUUCCACAUCGUACCAUUACAUUAACAACAAUUCAUCCGCAAAAAAAAAAACAAUUGCUCAUUAGAAUACGUCUCAGUGCAAGCAAAACUCCGACCGAGAAAGAAAGAUGCAAACAAAAACAAGUCAAUUGCUAGCCUCCUGUUCUUUUUCAGUAAUACCAUUUUCAAGGCACAGACAUUUUCUCCUGUUUCCUGAUGCUACCUACCUACACAGUAAAACCGAUGGAUAUUGAUAACAAAGCAAAAAAAACCUAGAAAAACCCAGGAAUUGCGAACAAUUGAGCGCAUAUACUAUUAUUACCAAGUCGAAAGAAAACCUGUCGGAAUGAGGAACAUAUAGUCUUAUGGAAUUUAUUCUCAGCAGCUGUUGUGGUCGUGUAUCAUUCGGCCGCCAGAGUGUUGCUCUAAUAAAUAUUUG